AUGGAUAUGGCUAGGCCGUCAAUCAGAAGAAUCCCUGCUGGUGCUGCUAACAGUGCAAGCAGAAACAGCGUCUCAGUUUCUGAAGUUAAUGAAGCAUUCGAUAGGUUGAUAGGCGAUAUUGAAAAACGGUUGAAGAAGGAAUCGGAAGAAAUAAAAACUAAUAUCUUAAGGGCGUUGAGGUUACGUUACGAAGAGAUGCGAAAGUUGCCCAUUUUGCAGCAGCUUAAAGAAUUGUUCGAAUCCUCAGAUCAACGGGCUGUCCAGCGGGAUAUCAUCAUCUAUACAGUUAUAAAUGAGGUCAUUGAACGCAUGGAUAAUAUGAAGCGCAAGUUUCAACCUUCGGCUGUCAACACCAUCGGCUCAUUACGACAACAGAGACAGGUGCGGCGGGCGAUGCAAAGACUUCAGCGCUACCUUUCGAAAGUACAGGCGGAGAUAAAGAAAGAAUCAGAGAAGGAAAUUGGAUUGGAAGAAGUGGACGAAGACGAUCCUAGCAACCCAUUGUUACGAAUAGAACGGUUAGAGCGAACAGCAAUGCUUAUUUGGAAGAAAAUGAAAAACCUGUCGCCGAAAUUUGCUUCUACCGGCAGACAUGACGUCGAACAGAAGACCGCGUACAAUGACAGCGGCUACUCCGUGAUCGACCAGAAGAUAACGAAGUUGAUCUCAGGUCCUGCGAGGGACAGCAAGUAUUCGCAUGCGACCAACAGCCGGGUGCUGCACCCUUCGGUCAAAUUCGCCAUGCCGUCCUUUCACGAGGUGCUGGACGUGGUUCACGCGGAAAAUGCGGCUCAGUCUCUCGGAAUCGAGGAUGAAAAACAGCUAGCCCAGAAAAUUCAUCGCGACGUGGGCCUGAGGCUCAAGUAUAAAGACGUUAUGGAUCGCAAAUUGUUCAUGGCCGAUUUGGUGAGAGGUACAUAUGGAUCUGGUGAAGAAGAUGAAAACAAAUUUAGCGGCAGCUCUGGCGACGAAUCUGACAAACCGACCUCUUCCAGCGUUUUGGAGAGAUCAGAGUUCAUGAAGUUGGCAGAGAGAGAAGUGAACAGCUGUUUAGCUAGCGCACUUGAAAAUUUCGCGGAACAAGAAUCAGAAUAG